AUGUUUUGUUUUAUAUUAUUACUAUUAUUAUUGAACAUUGUCUAUGGCUAUGAAUUAAAUCCAUUGAAGAAUGAACAUAUUGAACCGUUAUUUGAAAAAUUGAUCAAAUAUGUAAAUCAGAAUCCAGGAUUUGGAUGGAGAGCAGGAAUUAAUAGUCGUUUUAGAAAUUUAAAAGAUACUAAAAAAUUAUUCAAAAAUAACAUUAAAAUUAAGGAUUUAGGUGGGAAACGAAUUCAAACAAUUUCCCAUAGAAAUGUGAAUAUGGUUAUUCCUAUUACAUUUGAUGCAAGAGAUCAUUGGGUAAACUGUUCAACUAUUAAACAAAUUCAUGAUGAAUGUUGCUGUAGAGCAGAUUGGGUAUUCGCAACUGUCAACUCAAUUAGUGACAGAAUUUGUAUUUAUUCAAAUGGUAGAAUUUCUACACAACUAAGUGCUCGUAAUGUAAUAAGCUGUGGUUUUAGCCCAGGGUGUUCUCAUGGUAAUGAAUUAGAAGUUUUAGUGUACUGGAUUGUAAAUGGUAUUGUUACCGGUGGAUCAUAUGAAGAUCAAAGUGGCUGUCAACCUUAUCCUUUUUCAAAAUAUCCUGAGUGUAAAGAUGUGAAUUAUGAGUUCCCGCCGUGUACGAACGAAUGUCAAGAUGAUUAUAACAAGACAUAUGAAGACGAUAAAUUUUAUGGUGAAAAAAUUUACAAUGUUUAUGCUGAUCAAGAGGAUAUUCAAAAAGAAAUUUUAAUGAAUGGUCCAGUUAUAGCAAGUAUUUUAGUAAAAGUAGAUUUUUUGUUCUAUAAAUCAGGAGUUUAUUUUCCAACACCUAAAUCAAGUAAUUUAGGUUGGAUAAAUUUACGAAUAAUUGGUUGGGGUUAUGAAAGAAAAACACCUUAUUGGUUAUGUGCGAAUUCGUGGAGUAAACAAUGGGGUGAAAAUGGAUAUGUAAAAGUUCGACGUGGAGUACAAGCAGGUUAUAUUGAGUCAUAUGUUAGAGCACCAAUUCCAAAAAUAUAG